UAGACGGGCCUCACGGAAGCCGGCUUUGGCCCUGCGGCUGCUGCCGUCGCCGCGGAGAAAUUGUUGCAGCUGGCAGCCUAGGAAUGAAUCUCUUCUCAGCCUCUAAGUUCACCUGGUCAGAAUCCUUGGAUGAACCUGUGGGACCCUUCCUUCUAGCCCUGUGGUUUGGAACCAGUGGCUUUGGGACUGUGAGAGGAUGGACAAAGAUUCUCAGGGGCUGCUAGAUUCAUCCCUGAUGGCAUCAGGCACUGCCAGCCGCUCAGAGGAUGAGGAGUCACUGGCAGGGCAGAAGCGGGCCUCCUCACAGGCUUUGGGCACCAUCCCUAAACGGAGAAGCUCCUCCAGGUUCAUCAAGAGAAAGAAGUUUGACGAUGAGCUGGUGGAGAGCAGCCUGGCUAAGUCCUCUACCCGGGCAAAGGGGGCCAGUGGGGUAGAACCAGGGCGCUGUUCGGGGAGUGAACCCUCCUCCAGUGAGAAGAAGAAGGUGUCCAAGGCCCCCAGCACCCCUGUGCCACCCAGCCCAGCCCCAGCCCCUGGACUCACCAAACGUGUGAAGAAGAGCAAACAGCCACUCCAGGUGACCAAGGAUCUGGGCCGCUGGAAGCCUGCGGAUGACCUCCUGCUCAUCAAUGCCGUGUUGCAGACCAAUGACCUGACAUCUGUCCACCUGGGCGUGAAGUUCAGCUGCCGCUUCACCCUGCGCGAAGUCCAGGAGCGCUGGUACGCCCUGCUCUACGAUCCUGUCAUCUCCAAGCUGGCCUGCCAGGCCAUGAGACAGCUGCACCCAGAGGCCAUUGCCGCCAUCCAGAGCAAGGCCCUGUUUAGCAAGGCUGAAGAGCAGCUGCUGAGCAAAGUGGGAUCGACCAGCCAGCCCACCUUGGAGACCUUCCAGGACCUGCUGCACAGACACCCUGAUGCCUUCUACCUGGCCCGUACUGCCAAGGCUCUGCAGGCCCAUUGGCAGCUCAUGAAGCAGUAUUACCUGUUGGAGGACCAGACAGUGCAGCCGCUGCCCAAGGGGGACCAAGUGCUGAAUUUCUCCGACGCAGAGGACUUGAUUGAUGACAGUAAGCUCAAGGACAUGCGAGAUGAAGUCCUAGAACAUGAGCUGACAGUGGCUGACCGGCGCCAGAAACGAGAGAUUCGGCAGCUGGAACAGGAACUGCAUAAGUGGCAGGUGCUAGUAGAUAGCAUCACAGGCAUGAGCUCUCCGGACUUUGACAACCAGACCCUGGCAGUGCUGCGGGGCCGCAUGGUGCGGUACCUGAUGCGCUCAAGAGAGAUCACCCUCGGGAGAGCCACCAAGGAUAACCAGAUCGACGUGGACCUGUCUCUGGAGGGUCCGGCCUGGAAGAUCUCCCGGAAGCAAGGUGUCAUCAAGCUGAAGAACAACGGUGAUUUCUUCAUUGCCAAUGAGGGCCGGCGGCCCAUCUACAUCGAUGGACGACCUGUGCUGUGUGGCUCCAAAUGGCGCCUUAGCAACAACUCCGUGGUGGAGAUUGCCAGCCUGCGAUUCGUCUUCCUCAUCAACCAGGACCUCAUUGCCCUUAUUCGGGCCGAGGCUGCCAAGAUCACACCACAGUGAGAAGUGGUGGCAGGACCCAUGGGCUCUCUCCGGCCUCAGUUUCCCCUGCCCUCCCAGACCCCUGGAGCUGGCAACUCAGGCUCCUGGAAAAACCAGAGGGGGCUGCGGGAGCCUCUGUGGGAGGGCGGGGCUGGCCCUGGGGAAGCCCCUAGAGGCUGGGCCCCUCAGGCCGCCUUAGUGCCAGAGCCCCUCCCCUUCUCUCUCUGCAGAGGCCCCUACCCUUUCCCCCAGAUUCCCACCUUUGCUCCGUGUCUCCAGCUGAUUAGCUUCAGACUUUUCCUUUAUUAUUUUUCUUUUGUAAAUACAAAGCACUGAGUUCCAAA